AGAGAGCGAGUGCCCGCGUGCAGGUGUACAGGGGGACCCAUAGCUCAUUUUGGAGGACGAAUACGACACGCACGCGCGCCGCUCAACAUGGAGUGAGUGAGCGAGCGCUGGGCUGCAGCUUGCUCCGCUGUGGAAGAGUCCGGAGCGCGGUCUGAAGCUGUGAAGGCGUAGUGGUCUCAGUGGUGUCAGUGGGGGGAUCUGGAGCUGGAGGCGGGGGGGUUAGAAACGCAGGCAUGCAGAAGUGAGGGGAGCUCGCGUGCUGCUGCUGCUUUUGGGCUUCUGUCAUUUCUCUCCCCCAAUAUUCGGCGAUGAGGACCGCGCGCUGAAGCCCACGAGCACAUCCGUCCACGAGCGCACACGACAGCAGCAGCAGCGGCAGCAGCAUCAUGACCGUCUCGAAGAAAACCGUCAUCACGAGGCUCUUCAAAGUUCGCAAGAGGCGCGAGCUGCUGCUGGCGCAGGCGGGCUGUGUGUGCAGCGUGCUGUGUGUGGCGUGGUGCAUGUCAGCCUUGCUGACCGAGGCAGGUCAUGGCAUGAUCGUGGAUGGAGGAUCACAGAAUCAUGAACACUGGGGGAGGAGACUGAUGGCCUCCAGAGCGGACAAUGACACAGAGGAGAAAAACUGCACUGAGCCCGCCGUCCAUGAGUUUCCUGACGACUUCUUCACCAACACUGAGAGGAAGAGUGGAGCAGUACUACUGCACAUCCUAGCGGCUCUCUACAUGUUCUUGGCUCUAGCCAUCGUGUGUGACGACUACUUUGUGACCUCUCUGGAGAAGAUUUGUGAGAAGUUGGAUCUGAGUGAGGAUGUAGCUGGAGCCACCUUCAUGGCUGCGGGAAGCUCCGCCCCGGAGCUGUUCGCCUCUGUAAUAGGUGUGUUUAUCACUCAUGGCGACGUGGGAGUUGGAACCAUCGUCGGUUCUGCAGUCUUCAACAUCCUCUGCAUUAUCGGAGUGUGUGGAAUUUUUGCUGGACAGGUGGUGCUGCUGACCUGGUGGGCUGUUUUCCGUGACUCCGUCUACUACAUCGUGUCUGUAGUGGCACUGAUUGCAUUCAUCAUUGAUGAAAAGAUAGUGUGGUGGGAGAGCCUGGUGUUGGUGGUCCUGUAUGCAGGAUACAUUCUAAUAAUGAAAUUCAACUCCAGCAUGCAGACCUUUUUCAUGGGAAAAGGCAACAAGAAUGUGGCCAAUGGUAACGCGGCGAGUGGCAAUGAGUUGGAGGAUGGUAAUGAUUAUCUUGGCUAUGCCCCUGAUGACCCCACAGUGCCUUUACUGGGUUCAGUCAAGCCCAAUAAGGCCUACACCCGAGGUUCUGUGGUCAUGGUGGAUGAGAUUAUCAACGCCAGCCCUCCAAAUUACCGUUUUCCUGAGGCUGGCCUGCGUGUGAUGGUCACCAACCACUUCGGCCCAAAAACCCGUCUGCGUAUGGCCAGCCGCCUCAUUAUAACUGAGCGUCAGAAGCUGGUUCAGGGAGCUAACGGAGUGGAGACAGCAGUGAUUGACGGGAAGCCUGACAUUGAGAAUGGAAACGUGCCAGAGGAUAAACCCAGCGAGGAGGAGGACGGAGAACUGACCUCACCAUUCAGCCUCCCACGAGGGUGUAUGAACAAGACUAAGUGGCUGAUAUCAUGGCCAUUGCUGCUGCUGCUGUACUUCACCAUUCCCAACUGUGCGAAGCCUCGCUGGGAGAAAUACUUCAUGCUCUCCUUCCUUCUUUCCACCGUCUGGAUCGCCAUCUUCUCCUACUUCAUGGUCUGGAUGGUGACUAUAAUCGGAUACACUCUCGGAAUUCCGGAUGUUAUAAUGGGAAUCACAUUCCUGGCAGCAGGAACCAGCGUCCCUGACUGCAUCGCCAGCCUGAUCGUAGCUCGACAAGGGCUUGGGGACAUGGCAGUGUCUAACACCAUUGGCAGUAAUGUGUUUGACAUCUUGGUGGGGCUGGGGGUUCCCUGGGCUCUGCAGACGAUGGCCAUCAACUAUGGAUCAGUGGUGAUGAUAAACAGCCGAGGGCUGGUGUACUCUGUGGUGCUGCUGCUGGGCUCUGUGGCUCUCACUACCCUGGGCAUCCACAUCAAUAAGUGGAAGCUGGACUUCAAACUGGGUGUGUACGUGCUGAUCCUGUACGCAGUCUUCCUCUGCUUCUCCAUCAUGAUCGAGUACAACGUCUUCACCUUCGUCAACCUUCCCAUGUGUCAGGAGGACCAUUAGAAGCUCUCAGACCUCCAUGCAUAAGGCAUCUCCAGGUGUUAAUAACAUCCAAAUCUAGAUCCAGAAUACAUCACCACAACAUACCCUCAUCCCUUCUGAACUUACCCUUAAAGGAGCAGUGCAAUCAAACAUGGCCAAUAGCAACUGGAUGAAAACUCAUAGCCACCACUUAGCAUUAACCCUGUUAACUUUCUGCUCAUUUUUGGCUAUUCAGUCACUGUUAGCAACAUUAGCUCACUGAACUAUUCCAAUAAUAAGCAAGACCACUAUUCUACCACUGUAGUGUCAAAACCACCAUUACCUCAAAGUUGACUUUCCUUCAGCUGGGGCAAACGGAGCUGCCCUUGUCUUGCAGUAACCAACAGCAGAUUACAUUUAAACUCUAUUGGAUUCAAUAGAGUCUUCACCAAGUUCCCUCUGUUUGUUUGGAAUCUCCAGAGCGAAAGGCUUCAGUGAUCUCCUGGAAGUGACCAAUUUUUCUGUCCUAUUUUAAGAACAGGUCCCUACUAAUCUCAACAGUUUAAAUCCACCCCCAAAACUACCACAAUAAUCCCUAAUCGACAACCUACAUCUACAACCUGCACUUCCUGAUCCAUGAAGAGGAUCUUCUUGUCGGCAGCUCUUCUUUUCCAUCCAAAAAAGAAAAAAAGAAUAAAAGACAUCCAUGUCCCAGAGUGGAUCACUCGUCUGCCAAAUAUGGACCAUAUCCCAUCCUACCUGAAUUUGAAGAGAUACCUACUUUUUUUUUGUACAUUGCUUCUUUAUUCUUUUGUCAGUAUAUUUAUUCAUUUAUUUAUAUUUUAUAAACAUUUUUCUCUCUUUUUGUCUCUUUUUGUAGGAGACCAUGCCAGAUGUGCAUGCUUUCCUUUUUUUGUGGCACUACAUUAUGUAAAUGUUGUUUGUUUUGUUGUUCAAAGGUGUGCAAAUAGAGUGAAAACAGAUGUUUGGCCAUUGCACUUUCAGGUUGUGUCCUUUGUGUCAUACCUCUGGGUGAAAUUGCUCUUUUUUAAGGGAUGUUCUCUGGCCCUUUGAAGUGGACCGCUGUGUAAAUGCAUUCUCAGUUCGGAAAUGGGACAGUGAGAAAUGGGUCAUCUCUGUGCACAGCACAAGCAACGUUUCUGUUUGCAGUACGAAGAAUUUCUGGGAUUUCUGGUGAGGCCUGUGUGAACACACAUGGCCAUUACAUGGUGUUAGAACACAUGUAUUUAUUUUUUUGUGCAGGAACUGGAGAAAGGGUUUGACCCUCACUUUGUCCGUCAGCAGAUGGAGGGUCGCGAUCACAGCCGUUCUGUAUCAGGGAAUAUUAUGGGUUUAUAACACCCAUCAGUGGCAAUGAUGGUGUUCUAUUGACAAUUUAACAUGUAGAUACAUGCACUUUAAAACAAAGCAACCAAGCAAGCAGUCCUCCAUCACUGAACAAGAAUCAGUGCUUCCUUCUGCUAGGUAUGUGUGCGUGUGUGGGUGAGAUUAGAGGAUGUCCGUGUAUCACCGUAACGACUUUGUGAGCACAAGCCCUCGAGAGUGUAUUGUCCACAGUGCAUCAUGGGACGUUUGCUGAGACCAUGGCCCAAUCACAACCUGGCAGCUAUGAGCAAAAACUGCAGUCGAGACAGGGACAACAGGGACUCGGUGGCUUGAAAGGAAAAGCGUCAUCAUUGAAAAAAAUGUGUGUGCUUUUGUGUCAGAAAAGCUGAGAGUUGAUGCUAAUAUAUGCAAUUUCAAUAUGAGCAUCACUCUUGGGUCCUUAUUUCAUAUCACUGAAGGACAAACAUGAACCUCUUCUGCUAGGAGGGUUGUCUGAGUAACUCAAAGUAAUUAGGAAUUAGCAAUACUGGUUUUGGAAGGGGGAGAGGUCUUUUACAAAGCAGGAUCUUCUCAGUUAGCUGGACAGCUUAAGUCUAAUGUGAGGACUUCCUAUUGGGCAGGCUGGAUUUAGGCUAUAUGGCUAAGUGAGAAACUAACUAGAAAGGCUUAAAUUUGGGCUGUCUGGCUAGCCAACUGAAGAAUCUUGCUAGAUAGGCUUGGAUUUGGGCUAACUGAAAAACUAACCAGACAGACCUCAAUUUGGGCUAUCUGGCUACCUUAGAAACAAAUUGGUCUGGCAUGAAUUUGGGCAAUCUGGCUAACUAAGAGAUCUAGCUAGCUGGCAAAUUAACCAGACAGGCUUGAAUUUAGACAAACUCUAGACUUUGAAUUGAGAAACUAACUGUAAGGGCUUAAAUCUGGGCUAUCUAGCAAGCUAACUGACUUGAAAUGAACUGGCUUGAAUUAGGGCUAUCCUGCUAACUGAGAGAUUUAGCUAACUAAGAAUCUUAUUGGAUUAGCUUGAGGGAUUUGGGAUAUCUGGCUAAUUGAGAGAUCGAGCUACCUGACAAACUAACCGUUCAGACUUCUGUUUGGACUGGACUUCCUUGAAUUUUGGCUCUCUAAGAAAUCUAGCUAGCUAUUUGACAAACUAACUGAACAGACAUCAGUUUUGGCUAUAUGGCUAUCUGAGGGAUCUAGCUAACUGAAGAAUCUUGCUGGAUAGGCUUAAAUGUCGGCUAUCUGAGAAACUAACCAGGCAGACUUCAGUUUGGGCUAUUUAGCUAACCAAGAGAUUUAGCUAACUGAGAAUCUUAUUGGAUGAGCCUGACUGGGAUGUCUGACCUUAGUUUGAACUGGACUGUCUUGAAUUUGGACUGUCUAGCUUCCCCGAGAGAUCUAGCUAACUGACAAACUAAUCGAACAGACUUAAAUUUUGACUGGCUUGAAUUUAGCUAACUGAAAAAUCUUGCUGGAUAGGCUCAAUUUUGGGCUAACUGAGAUUUAGCUAACUGUAAAAUUAAUCAGACAGGCUUGAAUUCAGGCUAACCGACUAACUAAAAACGUUACUGGACAGGCUUGAAUUUUGGCUGACCGAUAAACCCUGCUCUGUGAAAUAUCCCCUGCCCCAGCAGUGAGAGACUGGACAGAAUGCUCUGAAUGGGGACACUAUGCAGGCCGUCUUCCCCAGGGCAUUAUUUUCCACCUUUCUUAAGUGAGUGUUUGAGAAGACUGGGGCCUGUGCGUACCACCUCCUGCUCCUCUGUGGAGGAAGAAACUCCGCAGGCUGUGACGCGGGCAAUUUCGAGACUUUAUUUGAAGCUGCUACUGUGACGGGGAGGAAGUGAUCACACAUUGGACGGCCUGCCCAUAAGUCCUGCGCACCAUUGAAAUGUGUCCUAAUCUCUCCCUUUCCACAGACUCUUGGUUCCUCUUGCCUCGGCGCUCAGCUCCACAGUGUCUGUUUUAUGUUUGAAUGGCAUCAAAUACUGGACUUGAUUUCAUGAAGAGAAAAACUCUUCUUUAGUGCCAUUUUCAAAACUUUACUGACAUUGUUAAAGCUGAAUUCUCAGCUAUCGAUUUUUUUCACUUUUUGUUGUAAGAAGAGCUUACAUGUACAUACUUUUGUUUGCCAUUUAGCAAAUUUUUCAAUAGCUGAGGAUUGUCUCCGUUUAUUUUUGGUUUUUGGUGUUUAUGGGCGGCGUCUGUGCUGUGGCCCCCUUUCCCCGCCCCUCCACCCCCCCUUCUGAGAGGAACAGCAUUGUUGUGGUCUUGUACUGCGUUUCAUCCAAGACACAUACAUGCCAAUGUACUAUCUCACUGGAUCUUUAUCGCAUAUUUGUUAAUAAUCACAUUUCAAAAGGUAGAAUUUCAGAUGGUGUAUAUGUUGUAACUGUAUUUACAGAUUGUAUGAAUAUGAGUACAAAUUAAGCGCACAUAAAACAGAUUUAAUAUGACUAUGAAACACGGUGGGAGCAUCUUUAGUACAUUGUGAACGAAAGCGACCCUAUGCACUGUGAGUUCAAUCUGAUGUGGGAUUUAUGUCUAUAAUAAACACGGUUAAAGAGGUAUAUGUAUAUAUAUUUAAUGUAAAGUUAGGUACUAUGAACCAUAACUGAUGACAUCUGUAUAACUUAUUUGAAUGUAUUGUCUUGCUAUAAUGGACAUAUCCAACCAAUGCAUUUUACUGUAAAGCAAUAACAUACAAAAAAAAUCAAAAGAAUUCCUGUACAUUUGUCAUAUAAGUCCUUAGAAAUGGGACGUUAGUCACAAAUUAAAUGUUGCCAUUUA